AUGGAGCAAUAUGAAGUUCUAGAACAGAUCGGCAAAGGCGCAUUUGGUUCUGCGCUGCUUGUGCGACACAAACAUGAAAAGAAAAAGUAUGUUCUCAAGAAGAUCCGUCUUGCUCGCCAAACUGACAGAACCCGCAGAUCGGCUCACCAGGAGAUGGAGCUUAUAUCUAAAGUUCGAAAUCCGUUUAUUGUGGAGUAUAAAGAUUCUUGGGUGGAAAAGGGUUGUUUUUUAUGUAUUAUCAUCGGCUAUUGUGAAGGAGGAGAUAUGGCUGAAGCUAUAAAAAAAGGCCAACAGUGUUAA